AUGAUGGCCGUAGCGGGCAUGGCGCAACAGGGGGCCACACUUCAAAACUAUAACAACGAGCUGGUGAAGUGCAUUGAGGACUUGAGGGAAAAGCGGGAAGAGGUCAACCGGCAGAUCUUAAAGGAGGAGGAGGAGAAGGCCAAGAUUCAGAAGGACUUGAGCAUCUUGACGGACCGGCUGAGCAAGAUCAAUGAGAGCCUAGCCCGAAAGGUCCAAGCUAGAAAUGAGUACGACCGCACCGUGCAAGAGACAGAGGCGGCGUACAUGAAGAUCCUCGAAAGCUCGCAGACCUUGCUGCACGUACUGAAACGCGAGACUGUCAACUUGACCAAGAAGAAGCAGGCGUCGGCGUAG